GAUUGGCUGUGUAAAAGCAUUAGGAAUGCAAGGUAUCUCAUAUUUAAACAGGUACCUUGCAUUCAAUAGUAAGUGUACGGCAGCGAUCAUACGAAGAGGAUCCUCUACGUUCCAUGGCUCCACGGUCGCCAGUCCUGUCUCCACUCCACGCUGGCUUGGUCCUGGAUGAAGAAAGAAGAGGCUCCCACUUGGAAGAUGUCAGCCUCUUGGAAGAAGACUUCACCGCCUGGAAGAAGACUUCACAGCCGGACUUCAGGAACCGGGCUUUCCAACAGUUUAUUGACGUAUCUCAGAUCCCUGUAUUGACUGCUACAGUGGGCAGCACAGUUACGUUACAGUGCAACUACACCUCUAAAGGUAGACAGCUGGCAAUGGGAAGCUGGUUCAGAUGGUACAAACAUUUACUGAAUGGGCCUGAGGUCUCUAAUAGUAAUCCGGAAUACAUGAGCAGGAUCUCCAGAAUAAGUCAGGAGGAUUUUAUCAAUAAACAAUCAGCUGAUAUUCAACUGCACAGAGUGGGCCCCACGGACAGUGGGAUAUAUAUAUGCCAAGUUGGUUUAAAGCAGGAUGAUAAAGGUUCCGGACAUGGCAAUGGGACAUUCCUCAAAGUGACAGGGUCUCUUUCUCAGAUAAUUCAUGUAUCACAGAUCCCUGCUGUGCAAUCCAUCUCUGGAGGAACAGUCACUUUACCGUGUAGUUUUACUCUCAGUGAUACAGAAGUGCCAGUGAUUGGCUGGUUCACAUGGUACCGGCAUGCGCUGAAUGGACCAGAGGUCACUGAUAACAAUCCAGAUUUUAUAGACAGAGUCUCCAGAGCAAGCCAGAUUGAUUUCAUCACUAAUAGAUCAGCAAAUAUUGUUUUGCACAGAGUGGAUCCCAAAGACACCGGGAUGUAUAUUUGUCAGAUUGUAUUACAAAAUGAGAUGAUAACUGGACAUGGUGAAGGGACACUGCUUACUGUGACAGGUUCUCUCUCUCAGGCUGUUUAUGUAUCUCAGAUCCCUGUUGUGACCAUGACAGCAGGCAGCUCGGUCACCCUACAGUGUAACUACACGCUCAGCAGUGAUAAUAUGACGGGCACUGGCUGGUUUAAGUGGUAUAGACAUACCCUGAAUGGGCCUGAGGUCUCUAAUAACAACCCAGAUUACAAGGGUAGAGUGUCAAGAGUGGGUCAGAGUGAUUUUGUAAAUAAGGGAUCCGCCAAUAUUGUGCUGCACAGAGUGGAACCUAAGGAUACUGGGAAAUAUAUCUGUCAUGUGAUGUUACAAGAUGAGAAUGAGGCUUCAGGACAUGGCACUGGAACAUUCCUUAAUGUGACAGAUAUCCCAGAAAUUAUAGAAAAUCAAUACGCCACCAAAGUGGAGAAUGUAAUCAGGAUUAUACUCGGUGUAUUGAUUAUAGUUUCUAUUGCACCAAUUAUCUUAUGUUGUGACAAGAAAGGGUCCCAAUGCCCAGCGCAGGAACAAUGCAAGAAACAUAACGUUUAAUUUUCGCCUCUUCUUCGUCUACAUUUCUCUUAUAAACCGCUUUCAACAGAUCGCAAUCCAGGGAAAUACAUUUCAAGAUUAUCAAGAAACUAUACUAUGGUAGCAAAUGUUUUACCAUGAAUGUGAAGGCCAGUUCAGUACUAAAGGUUAUUACUUUUACGUAUCGCAAAAUAUUUUCACUUUUAAAAAGGACCGGCUCUACAAUAGGGCAAAGAGGAACCACAAUACCCAGGCAGCAUGUGACAGGGGCAGCACAUAGAAAGAGUAUAUUCUUCAUAAUAGUGAUUUUAAAGAGAAAUUAGUCUUAUAUGAUACUUGUCUGUUCACAUAUGAAUUUUUAAUUUGCUGAUCUUUAAUCUUUGAGGCAACUGACUCUGGUUGGGUUUAGACUGUAGUGCGCAGAGACUUGAGAGGUGUUAUUUGAUUCGUGGACCCAGGGAGGACAAUUUCUUGAGCUGGUCCUGCUUUAAAACCCCUGAACAGGCAAUAAGGGAAUGGGUGACUUUAUUUAGUAUAUUACAGUAUUUUGUUCUCUGCUCUAGUACUGUAACCAAAUUAAAACAACUUUUUUCUAACUUUCAAUCCAGUAUGAUACCCCUGGGCACUAGAUCACAUUUAAACACUACUAUAAGUAAUUUUUCAGUGAAAAAAC